GCCCUAGACCAGACACAGACACACACACACACACACAACCUCAGUUUCAGUAUCAACUUUGCCGGGACAAGGAGAGGGCGGGAGAAGUAGAAGACGAAAGGAACUUGAAGAACCACUCGAAUUGUAAAGACAAAGAAAAGGAUCACUUGAUUUUAUCGGAGAAAAUGUUUUGUAAUCUUUCCUAAGUGUCAGGAUUAUUCUUAGCUGGUGUUAGUGUUGUUUGUGGAUUUGUAAACAAUCAAAACCACUAUUUGAUCGAAUUUGCUUGUGAUCUGGCUUUCAGAAGAUAAUUAUAUUGUCCGCCAGCCCUCUCAGACGACACAGUUGCAAAGUAUUUGUUUCUUUACUGAGCGAAGUACCUGUUAAACAAAAUUUACAUAUAUUAAAUUACUUUUAUAAUGACGUGACAGCACAGUACCUUUAGGCGAGGCGCGAUUUUCUUUGAAGAUUAAACAUUCAAGACAUUUAGAAUUAAAAAGAUCUAGUCACUGAUCGAUCAUUUUGGACUGACGCUGUUACCUGACCCGAAUCUACGAUGAGAUUAACGGACCUGGUGUGGGCCGUUACCGCCGUCGUGGGCGUGAGCUGUAUAUUCGCCCAGGGAAAAGAUAGGGGACAUUUUGCCGAGAGAAGACGUCUUCAUUUUGAUGCAAAUCCAAAGCACAUUCCACUAGGGAGGCGAGACCGCCUGUCAUACGACCACAUCCAGAGCGGGCUUGACACGCCGAACGAGAUCCUUAUCACGACGUACGAAGGAUCAAGCAGGUACAAGUCAAAGAGGCCAGGAUCUCACAAGACUUCAUCCUUUUCUUCCUCCGUCAAGGAUUCAUCUCCCACUCAUAUUUCCUUAGAGCCGUUGAAACCUCUUUCACACUCGACUGCAAGCAUCAAUAGUUAUCCGACAAAGGGAACCGCGCGUCCCUCUUCCUCUAGAAUCUCACCGUCAAAAGUCAAGCACAAGCAUUCUCCUCACUCGACCACUUUCCGAAGUUUCGACAGUUUCCUAAACUCGUUAGGAACCUCUUUCAAGAUUGCUGACGAUGUACACGCUAUAAGAGCGCGGUCAGAUGUUGCGAGAAGUGGUUCCGGACGAGCCGGACAACCUGGCCUUCCAGCAUUUGGCUAUUUGAAUGAUCAGCAAACCUCCCAAGACUUGUAUGAGUCUAACGCUCUGGGUAUCGACGUCUUCGAGCAAGAUAAGGCUACUCUUCUUAACAUGCCAGAAAGAUGCUGUGGAAGUAAGGUUCCGAUAGAUGCUGACAGCGCAAAAGCUACUGGAAGAUUUGACAGGGUUGCUGCUGCGGGAUCGAUCAAGGUUGUUGAGGUCCCCGAAGAAAACUCAGAUCUACUUCCCCCUUCUGCUGUGAGGGACUUGAAGAUCUCAUUGACAGGCCCAAGGACCAUAAUGUUAACUUGGACUACCCCUGGGGAUGACCUAGAUUCUGGAAAAGUGUCUCGUUACAUCAUCCGUCUCUCUGACACUCGCUACGACCUUCGGGAAAGGCGGUUCGACCAAGCCUCCUCGUACACCGAGCUCGAUCUCGAUGACUUGUUCGAAGCCUCUGGAGUCUACCAAGAAGCCGGGACUAAGGUCAAGGUGACCGUUAACGUCGAGGAGAAGGUUCCUGGAGGCUUAAAUCCAGGGCAACAGUAUUACUUGGCUUUUAGGAGUCUCGAUGACUUCAAUAAUACAAGUCCAGUGUCGAACGUUGCUACGUUCACGCUGCCCAAACCACCUGCAACUACAACAACUACCACCACCACUACAACCACCGUCACUCCACCAACAUCAGUUGUUACAACAACGACCACUCACCCACCUACGACCAGCAAGGAGACCUUCAGAGACGAAAGAACAACAGAGGAAUACAAAAGCGUAUUUGAGACAUCCAGCGGUGAAACAGAGCACACCAACCAGAUCAUAGCAACGUUGGAAGGACACAUCGCCUCCGGCCCUCCAGAAGACGAACCUCGCAAACGAAGAAAAGAAAGGAAGAAGACUAAGGGAAGGAAGAACAGGAGGAGGAAGACGAAAGGGAAGAGAGUCAGGACUGAAGAACAGGAAGUGGAGACAUUCGAUUCAUACAAAUACCCACCAGGAUGCCUCAGCGACGACGGUCGCAGCGUGGGAGACGGGAAACUCUGCGACGCGAUUUCAUCUCUGCUGACGGUCAUCGACUACUUUGAACAGACAAGGGAAUAUAAACAUCUGGACUACCUGUCUGCAAUCCUCGUCACGCUCAGGAAUCGGGCUCAGCCUCACUGGAGGGUUGAUUGAUUUAGUAUGACAGAAUAAUGUAUUGGAAAGAGAGAGAGAGUGUGAGAGAGGAAAUGACAGAGAAAACUUUGGCUGGAGAUGGACACUUGAAUGUAUAUUAAAUGUUAUGACUUGUGAAAAGAAUGUGUGAUACAAUUGGUAGAUAUAUUUAAUAAUUAAAUAAGUGAAGAAUGAAAGGUUGUAUGAUGUAAUGUUAUACUGAGAAUGGGUGAAACCAAAAGGCUCAUAUUGAUUAAGCUAACACAUUUCAUAUUUAGAUUCCUUUUAAUUAUUUAAGAAAGUUUCUCUGCACUUAUUUUAGUUAUGCUCUGUGGUUGGUUCUUACGUUCAUAAACAAAGGUGCAUUACUCUUAGACUUCAUAUAGGAACGGAACGUUAAUUCUAGUUUCUCUAAUUACUACACAUAAAGAUAUGAUUAGGUUAUAUUUAUAAUGUGAUACGCUACAUUUAAUAAAAUAGUGUCUAAUAA